GACACGGCAGCCCAGCCCUAGCUUUGCUUCAGCUCUGCGCCUCCCCUGAUCUCCUCCCUAUAAAAGCCGCCCGCCUUCUCUCCCCACCACUUCACCCCCUCACCGCCGUUCCCCGCAACCUCUCGGCCCCAUCGCAUCCGACUCGACUCGGUUCGUCAUCCCCUCCAGAUCUCCGCCCGAGGUAGCAGCAUCUGUUUUGCUGCGGUCUGACAAAGUGGAGCGCUUAGGAGUUGCUGCUUCUUUUAUGUCUGAACAAUCUUUGCUUUAUUUGGGAUUGCUGGGAGAGUAUUCUCGUGCGACGAGAAAAAGGCACAAGCUUUUGUUCCACUGCAUGCAUCAAGAGCCCAUUUGGUUUUCUUGUUCUGAGGGGUCACUUGCUGGUGCUCAUCGGCUCGGUUUUCUCCAAGGACUAGCAGCUACUCGUGCUUCUAGAUUUUGCCACAUCUGAUAGUAUCUGACACACAGAAAGCUUGACUCAAGAUGGCGCUGCAGAAUAUUGGUGCUUCCAACAGGGAUGAUGCCUUCUACAGGUACAAGAUGCCCAGGAUGAUAACCAAAAUAGAAGGGCGUGGCAAUGGCAUCAAGACAAAUAUCGUGAACAUGGUUGAUAUUGCAAAAGCACUGGCCAGACCAGCUUCCUACACGACAAAGUACUUUGGAUGUGAACUUGGGGCGCAGUCUAAGUUUGAUGAGAAGGCAGGAAUUUCGUUGGUCAAUGGGGCUCAUGACACUGCAAAGCUGGCUGGUCUCCUUGAGGUUUUCAUUAAGAAAUAUGUCCAGUGUUAUGGAUGUGGCAACCCUGAGACCGAGAUUCUCAUCUCCAAGACCCAGAUGAUAUCACUGAAAUGUGCUGCCUGUGGCUUUGUCUCUGAUGUUGACAUGAGGGACAAGCUCACAACUUUUAUCCUGAAGAACCCACCAGAACAGAAGAAGGGAGGAAAAGACAAGAAGGCCAUGAGAAGGGCUGAGAAGGAACGUCUGAAGGAAGGUGAAGCUGCUGAUGAGGAGCAGAAGAAACUAAAGAAAGAUGCAAAGAAGAAAGGUGCAUCUUCCAAGGAAUCCACUGUGAAAGGUGCGUUGAAGAAGAAGGCUUCUGCUGCUGGUGGCUCUGACGAGGAUCAUUCGACGUCACCAACUCGCAGUCGGGACGGUGACAAUGCAGCUGCAGUUGAGGAUGACGACGACGUGCAGUGGCAGACUGACACCUCAUUGGAGGCUGCCAAAAAACGUAUACAGGAGCAACUGAGCGCAGCAACUGCUGAAAUGGUGAUGCUUUCCACUGAUGAGUCAGAGAAGAAGAAACAGGCAGACCAAAAAGAAGGCACUGCUAAUGGAUCUGCAAAAGGUCAAGAUAUCGUUGAUGACCCACAAACCAUCACCAAGGCCAGUCCUUAUGAUGAACUGGUUGGAGACAUCAAGGCUAGCUUGGGAAGUGCUGCCACACCUUCUCAGCUCAAGGGUUUGCUGUCCUCCUCAACCCUGCCUCCCCAGGACAUGAUGAAUGCCCUCUUCGAGGCACUGUUUGACGGUGUGGGCAAGGGAUUUGCGAAGGAGGUCCUGAAGAACAAGAAGUACCUUGCUGCUGCUGUGCCCGAUGAGGGUGCCCAGGUCCUGCUGGUCCAGGCCAUCGAGGCGUUUGGCAGCAAGUGCAGCGCUGAGGCGCUGAAGGAGGUCCCUGUCGUCCUGAAAGCCCUCUACGAUGGAGAUAUCCUGGAGGAAGAAACCAUUGUCGAGUGGUACAAUGCGGCUGUGGCUGCUGGCAAGAACUCCCAGGUCCUGAAGAACUCCAAGCCAUUCGUGGAGUGGCUCCAGAGCGCCGAGUCCGAUGAAGAGGAAGAGUGAGAGCCUACUCUGCUUUCCCGCUGCAUUUCGGUGCUACUUGUAAGUGUGUUUUGCGUAUUUCGUGUGUCCGAGUCUGAACCUGUGGUUGCUGUGUCCUUGUGCUUCGUGUGGUGUCAUGGAGUAUUGGUGUCUGUAACUUCCUUUUUAUUUGGUCGUGUGUUAUGAACUUCCGUAUGUCUGCAUCGUAUGCUUUAAUAUAUUUGCAUGUGCUGAGAUUGUGCUA